CUAGCGCAGCCGGUAACCAUCCCGAGUCGUUGGCGUGUCGGGUCGGGCGGCUGUAGCGGUGGGUCGGGGUCAGCGCUGAGAUGUUUCAGAGACUCAUUAAAAAUGUUUGGACCCCCAUGAAGCCCUACUAUACCCAGGUCUACCAGGAGAUCUGGGUAGGAGUGGGGCUGAAGAGCAUCAUCAGUUACAAGAUCAGGAGUGCUGAUAAAAGAAGUAAAGCUUUGAAAGGUCCGAGUCCCGCACCUGCCCAUGGCCACCACUGA